AUGCUACGAAGAAUGACAUCAAGAGCUGGAAUAAAGCCACAUCUAACAAACCACUCGAUCAGAGCGACCACCGUGACGGUUUUGUCAGCUGCAAACAUCGAGAGUCGGUACAUCAGGGCAAUAACCGGCCACCAAAGUGAAGAAAGCAUCAAGAGCUAUUGUGAUACGCCGACAUUCGAGCAGUUUAAAAGAAUGUCAAACGAGCUAAGUGAAUUCUUCGAUCCAGCUGGUGGCAAUGACAAGGCUGUUACAGUCCCUCAGAAAACCGUUGCGUCGUCAUCGAGCCAGCCGCAAUCAGUAGCUACGAGCACUGCAAAUUAUUCCUUCCAGUCCAUUCAAGAUGGAUCACAGAAUCUUGUCCAUGGCUUCAUUCCCGGAGCCACGUUCAAUAACUGUAAUCUCAACUUUAAGGUGAGCUUUGGAGGAAGCAGCAGCAAAUAA